AUGUUGCCGAAGACUGCGCAUGGUUUCAGUGCCUUGGCAGGUCCAGUGGAACACUGCAAUACAGUCCUAGAGGGUGUUACACAUCAUCGUUGCUGCGCGCUCCACAGCCUGGUGCUGCAAUUUUGGCGGGGGGGGGACCUGGCUGAGGAGGAGAUGGAAGAGCUACACGUAUCCUCCGUUACUCUCUCCACAGAUGAAAUCAUGCAACAAGAAAUAAGACCCCUGCUUGCGGCUGAUAUCGUCGAACAGUUACAGAAACAAUUUGCUAUACUAUCAGGGGGACGAAGCAGAGAUGGUGCACCAAUCAUCACUUUUCCAGAACACACUGCCCCUGGGGAUCUUUCUGAUGAAGAUUUUCUGAAUGUUGUAACAUAUUUGACUAGCAUUCCAAGUCUGGAUGCUGCUAGUAUUGGAUUUAUCAUAAUUAUUGACAGAAGGCGGGACACAUGGAGUUCAAUCAAAGCAUCUUUAAAGCGUAUAGCAGGAGCAUUUCCAGGAAACCUGCAGCUAGUUUUUGUCCUGCGACCUUCCCGUUUCAUCCAGAGGACCAUUGCUGACUUUGGCAUCAGAGUUCAACGAGAUGAUUUUAGAAUGAAGGUACCGAUCAUCAUGUUAAAUACUAUAACAGAUCUGCACAGAUACAUUGAAAAAAGUCAGCUGACAAGAGACUUAGGAGGCACUCUGGAAUACUGUCACAGUCAGUGGAUUCACCAUCGAACUGCCAUAGAAAAUUUUGCUAUGACAGUGAAAACAACAGCACAGCUAUUACAGUCAUUUGGCACUGAACUUGCAGAAACUGAAUUACCCAAUGAUGUCCAGUCCACAGAAGAACUGCUAACGAAUCACACAGAAAAACGCGAUGAUCUAAAGGAGAAAUUGAAACUCGCAGUAAAAGAAGGCAACACUUUACUAUUAUAUAUUAAGGAACCACUUACUAAAAAUCCCAAUUACAUCCUGAAUUCUGAUGAACUGGAAAAUAAUGCUACCGUCGAAAGAUUACUGAUACAACUGGAUGAAACUGAAAAUGCCUUUGACCAGUUUUGGUCAAAACACCACCUCAAACUUGAACAAUGCCUGCAGUUGCGACAUUUUGAGCAAGAUUUUCGGGAGGUGAAAGUUACUCUGGAUUGUCUAAUGGAAACACAGGCUGCAUUCACUGACAUUGGAGACAGUGUAGCCUGUGUGGAACGCCUUCUAAAAGAACUCCAAUUGCAAGAAGAGAGAGCACAGGAAUCAUUAGAAAAGGCACAAUUGUUAGCUGUGCAUGGAGACCAACUUAUCCAAAACAACCACUAUGCCAUUGAUUCCAUCCGACCGAAAUGUAAUGAACUCAGGCGUAUAUGUGAUGAUUUUACCAAUGAAAUGAAGAAAAAACAUGAUGUGCUUGGAAAAUCUCUUGAGGUCCAUAAGCAACUGGACAGUGCCAAAGAAUGGUGCGAAACAGGGAUCUAUCUCCUAGCAUCCCAAGCAGUGGAUAAGUGCCAAUCACAAGAAGGAGCUGAAGCUGCACUCCAAGAUAUUGAGAAGUUCCUUGAAACCGCCAAAGACCACAAACUUACCAAUCCUAAAGAGUUUUAUAAACAAUUUGAACUGUUUCUUACUUCAGAAGUUAAGGCAAACAUACAGACAAUCCUUCAGAAGCUUGAAAAUGUCCAAGAAAUGUUUGAAAAACGUCAAGCUAGUUUAAAGAAGUUAGCAGCCAAACAGACUCGACCAGUUCAACCUGUGGCUCCACGUCCUGAGUCAUCUCCAAAACGCUCUUCGCCAAAACCAGUCAGGGCACCUGUCCUCACUCCCAGCCGAAGAAGUUUAGAUAACAUUAGCAAUUCAAAGCCACUUACAGAAACAGAUUUAGCAAAGAAAAGAAAUAUGAAGAAACCAAAAGGUAACUUAAAGAUUGAAGUGAUGCAUGAAGCCAGUCAGGGGGGAUCCAGUCAUGUCCAAGUAACAGCUGAAAGUGAAGAGAACUUGUCAACGAGGAGGAGGCACAUCAUGAAUGAACUGAUUGAAACAGAACGGGUGUAUGUCGAAGAGCUUCUGAGCAUCAUUGAGGGUUAUGCAGCUGAAAUGGACAAUCAAGAGCUGGCUCCCCUGAUCCCAGCUUCCCUUAAGAACAAAAAAGAAGUCCUGUUUGGAAAUCUUCCAGAAAUCUAUGAUUUUCACAAUAGGAUAUUCCUUAAAGAGCUUGAAAAUUGCAUGGAAAACCCUGAACUUGUAGGAAGAUGCUUUUUAAAAAGGAAAGAGGAUUUACAGAUUUAUGAAAAAUAUUGUCAAAACAAACCACGUUCAGAAGCUCUCUGGAGACAAUGUGGAGACUGCCAAUUCUUUCAGGAGUGCCAACGAAAACUGGAUCAUAAACUCUCACUGGAUGCCUACCUGUUGAAACCUGUCCAAAGGAUUACAAAGUAUCAACUCCUCCUUAAGGAGAUGCUAAAGUGCAGUAAAAAUUCAGAAGGCACUGCAGAGCUAGAGGAAGCACUGGAGACAAUGAUUAGUAUAAUUAAAUCAGUGAACGACUCCAUGCAUCAAAUUGCUAUCACUGGGUUUGAGGGAAAUCUAAAUGACCUCGGGAAGCUCUUGAUGCAAGGAUCCUUCAAUGUGUGGACAGACCACAAGAAGGUUCACAGCAAGGUCAAAGACUUGGCACGGUUCAAGCCAAUGCAAAGGCAUCUUUUCCUUUACACAAAAUUGCUGCUAUUCUGCAAGAAGCGAGAGGAAAAUGCAGAUGGACAUGAGAAAUCUCCCUCAUACAGCUUUAAACAUUCAUUGAAGAUGAGUGCUGUUGGUAUCACAGAAAAUGUAAAGGGAGACAUUAAGAAGUUUGAAAUCUGGUACAAUGGCAGAGAGGAAGUAUACAUUAUUCAGGCAUCAUCUGUAGAGCUGAAGAACCUUUGGGUUUCAGAAAUUAGGAAAGUACUGACAGGACAACUGCAAGCUUACAGAGAAGCAAGCCAACUAAACCAGAGGAUCCAGGAACAUGUUUACCAAGCUCCACUGAAUGCACCCAACAGGUAAUAUAUUAGGAAAUCAUCUUUACAGCAGCAAGACAACAAGUCUGAUUCACUAAGUUCCGAAACAGUCGAAAGGCAACAUGAGAACUCCAGCUUCAAUAACAGACAAAAGAGAGCUGAUGUUCCUUCCAGUCAUAACCUUGAUCGUUCAUCUCUUGCUAAAAAGCGAUUUACAUUGCAGGGUCUUUCCAAUCGCAGACCACAGCAGAAAGAAUCACAGUCUAAGGAGCCAACUGUAAUUCGCCGCAUUUCCUUAGCUUCCUCUGUCAGUGCUUCACGAAGUAAAGGAUCACUUUCUGGGCCAGAUGUUAAAGCUAAGAGAUAUGAAAUAAAGAGUGACCCAACUCCACUGGGGUUUGAAGGGGAAGCUCUUCAUUUCAUUGUGUGCCAUAACCGUGUAAUAAGAGUUGACUGUAGCAUGGUUGUGAUUGUGCUUCGGGUGCUUGUGACUGUAUCAGAUUCAGUGCCAGAUCCUUUCAUGAUUGCAAGCAAGCGUCACAGCACUACCAGUUAUGUAAAAAGAUCAAUUUCCCAGACAGGUUGGUCAUGUAAACCAAUCCCAUCACUGGACACUUCAGAGGAUUUUGAAACAAUUCCUUCAAGUAUGGAUGAACUUUCCAACUCAGAUAUGGAUGAAGAAAUGUCUAGUAAAACUGCUCAAAGUCUGUUCCGAGUAGAAGGCAUUUAUGAAACUAAAUCCAUUGAGGAACUUGCAGUGCAGAAUGGUGAAGUGGUUGAGGUACUGCAAGAGGGAGAAGAGGGACAGUGGCAAGUGAGAAGUUUGGUAACUUAUAAAACAGGAUGGAUUCCUUCCAGUCUUCUUCAACCAGUUGGUUCAGAACUUAAGCCUGAUCAGACUGAUAAUAACUCAGAUUUUUACAGUGAUAUGUGCACGGCGGCAUUUGCUGAUAGUGAAGACAAGGAGAGUUCAGACAUGGGAAGCUAUACUUCUGGAACCAGAACUGAAAGCUGAUCUUGUUACUUCUUAUAUCAUCCUUUAAACUUUAGGCUUCAAUCAGGCCGACAACAGUCAGCAUCCUGAAGACACUUCAGUAGCUGGGCACAUGAAGUGGGAAAAUAUUCCUCACUGCUGAAGAAGCAUGUAGCUGUGUAUAAAGAAUUGAGUUUCUUUGCUUGUAAUGAAUUGAUUUGUUCAUAACAAAUGCUCUUCAAUGAUAUAAUAGAAUGAGUAUUAGAAAGGGCCAAGUUUUUGAACACAUAUCCAAUUUCAUUUCGUGCAGAUUUUAACAUUUUGACUCUUUAGUUACCAACAUUGUUUGAUGGGACAGACCAUACUAAAUACAGUUCAGGCGGCAUUAAUAAAAACUGAGUUCAAGCUUCUGACAAGUUGUGACUAACCAAACCAGUAUUUCAUGCUAUUAGCUCUAUUCUUAUCUGUUUCCACACACACAAGCAGCCUGAUUCAUUACAUGACAUCUAAACCCAAGUUGCCAGUGGAAAUUGCCCACAAACAAUAUGCGAGCAUGCACAAAAAUGCCUGCACACUCAUUUAUUGGUGCACUAAGAAGAGAUUGCUAAUGCCAUUUGAAAAGAUUAUUUUCUCAGGAAAUGGUUUCUGAUCUGCAGGGAAAAACCACCAUCUCUUACUCCUGUAAAAUGAUUGUGCUUUCUUUUUCUCAACACCUGCUCUAUUAAUAGUGGCCUUUAGCUGCAUCCUUGAGACAACUACUGUGGGAAAAACUUAUGAAAAUUGGCAUGGAAUAUAGGCAAACAAAUAUGGCUGGUAAAAGGUGUUGCAGACUGUUGCUGACACUUCAUUUUAAAGUGCUGUAUGAAAGCUGUAUGCGGACCAGGUUGCAUGCUGUAAUUGUAUUUUAUUGAUAUUUGGACCACAAGAUAUUUAUACUUUCAAGAGAAUGUUUCAACAAUCUUCAAAAGCAUAGUGGACCUUCUAAAGUAUAAAACUGAUUGCUGUGAAAUGUUUUAUGUACCUUGAAAAGAGAGAUGUAUCAAUUUCUGUGAGGUGUGUUUUUAUGAUAAUGGUUGAGUCAAAUAUACGGGGUGGGGGGGGGGGGUGGGUUUCAAUCAGUUAACUCAUGA